AUGGUCCUCGGACUCUUCAAGAAAGGCGGGGGCGCCUCGGGGCAAAACAUGGAUGAUAUCCGCGCAAACUGGCGCUGUUUCCUCGCCUGCGGUGUCAUGCUCGUUUCCCUUCCAGUCUUUGGACAUCCGGCCCCGCACCUACCCAAUGGCUGGAAUAUUUCAACGACUCGCCAGCAGCUCAUCGCGUCCCUCAUGACGCUUGGAGCUUUCAUCAGCUCCGGUACCGCCGGUGUCACUGCCACUUGGUUCGGUAGGAGGCAGUGCCUGUGGGCCGCCUGCGUUCUCUGCGCCAUCUCCAACAUCAUCAUGAUGGCCACAACCAGCAUUGGCGCUCUUUACGUGGGAAGGUUUCUCAUCGGCUUGGCCAAUGGCUACUUCAUGACCUUUGCCCAGCUCUAUAUCCAAGAGUGCAGCCCGGCCAAGUACCGUGGUCUCUUUAUCACAUGGUUCCAGUUCGCGACAUCUUUCGUGAGAGUAGGCAUCCUCGACAUGUUCAGCAACCCCGUUGACAGGCGGAGGACCAUGAUUGCGGUAGCGGGUGUCACGCUCCAGGCCGCUACAGGCUCUAUGUUCAUUAUUGCUUUCAAGACCUACUUUUUCACCAUGGCCCGAACUCCGGAUGCCUUUGGCAUGUCCUGCAUCGUCAACGCCAUGGGUCUCAUCGCCAUCAUCGCCAACAGUCUUAUCGUCGUCAAGUACGGAAAGCGACGAGUGCUUCUCGUCAACGGCCUCAUCAUCUGCGGAGUUUUGCAGUUAAUCGUCGCGAUUGUAUACGACAAGAAACCCGGCGAAAAGAUUACCGGCCAGGUUCUCAUUGCCAUGACGUGCCUGUACAUGAUGGUGUAUUGCGAGCUACACGUUUGGUGCCGCGGCGGCAGUUGGCUUCUUCUUUGCUUGGUUGACCACAUUUACCGCGCCUUACUUCCUCAACCCCGACUCCUCGACUGGGGUCCGCGUUACGGAUACAUUUGGUUCCCUUCGGCCACGAUUGGGGCCGUCUGGGUCUUCCUCUGUCUGCCUGAGACCAAGGGCCGCACUCUCGAGGAGAUUGACGAAAUGUUCUUGGCGAAGCUCCCCGCCCGGAAGUUCGAGGGCUACAAGUGCAGCACACGCCUUGCCGAAACCGAGCAGGAAAAGGCCUCGGUUCAUGAGGUGGAAGUAGCCGCUGCACCUGAACAAAAGGCUUAG